GUGUCAUUAUCAUUUACUUGUUUUGUGCUUGUGAGCUUGUAGUGUAGUUUUCCAGCUAUAUUAAUUUAAUCUUUGUUUUCCAGUGGUAAACGAUAACUCAAAACGCUUGAGUAUUUCAAUUAUUGAUGGUUAUUUGUUUUUAGCCCCCAGUGAUUUUCAUUUCUUGAUAGUAGUAGUCGCCUUUUGAAACAUUCUCAUUUAUAGACAAAGUAAAUUUACAAUUACCGGAUCAAGUAAAAGGCUCACUUACUGCUAAUAUUAUGGCAUUGGCUCUUCAAAGACGUGCAAAUGUGAGGCUUCCACCUGAAGUCAAUAGAAUCCUAUACAUUAGGAAUUUACCUUAUAAAAUAUCAGCUGAAGAAAUGUAUGAUAUAUUUGGUAAAUAUGGCGCAAUAAGGCAAAUUCGUGUUGGCAAUACACCCGAGACUAGAGGAACUGCGUUUGUGGUAUACGAAGAUAUCUUUGAUGCUAAAAAUGCAUGUGACCAUUUAUCUGGAUUCAAUGUGUGCAACAGAUAUUUAGUAGUUUUAUAUUAUAGAUCUAACAAAGCAUUUAAGGGUAUGGAUAUAGAAAAGAAACAAGAAGAAUUAGAUACUUUAAAGAAGAAAUAUGGUAUUUCCACAGAAGAACUACGUAAAUAAAUAUUUAUAAACUAAAGGCUCUAUAUGGUUGAAUUUUUAAUAUUCCCCGCACUUUCAUUUUUUAAGGAUUAGUUUUCAUUUUGAAUCAUUAAUUUCAAAUAAUAUUCUUUUUUAUAUUAUACUCAAAAGUUAUAAGUAAUCUCUGGAGCAAGAUGUGUCAUCUCUUCAAGUCCUCCUAUUGAUGUACAAUAACUUAACCUGGCUUUAUUUCUAGUCCGAAAAGUGAACUAAACUUAAAUGUUGCACAUUUAAAAGUAUGACCAAUUUAAAUACUUGUGUACAAAAAGAUACACUAGAGUUUGGAUUUGAAAUAUAUUUGAAUACCAUUAUAUUUCGUAUUUUUUUCACGAUUAAUUAUGAACAAAUUAAAACUGUAUCUCUAAAAAUAAAGGACUUUCCAUACAAA